AUGGCGCAACCCCGGCCCAUGCGGGGAUCUCCCUUCGGCUUUGCCCGUCCUCUUGGCCGAAACAUCUCUGCUUGGCUGUUAUCUCCGGGGGAGCUGCACGUCCCUCACCCCAUCAACGCCCCCGGGGCCCGCUGGGUGCUGGUGGUGCCGUGGCAGAGGGUUGCCAACGGCUCGGCCGGUGCACGGAUGGAUGAUGUGAACCUCUCCAAGGAGCUGCUGAUCGUCCCAUGGGUCGUAGCCCUCGGAGAUGUCCCCGACGGGACGGUGGUCACGGUGAUGGCAGGGAACGACGAAAACUACUCGGCAGAGCUCCGCAACGCCUCCGCCGUGAUGAAAAACCAAGUAGCAAGAUUUAACGACCUCAGAUUUGUUGGGAGAAGCGGCAGGGGAAAAAGCUUUACCCUGACGAUCACCGUGUUCACCAACCCCACCCAAGUCGCUACCUAUCACCGAGCCAUUAAAGUGACUGUAGACGGACCCCGGGAGCCACGAAGGCACAGACAAAAGCUAGAAGACCAAGCCAAACCCUUCACCGACCGCUACGGGGAGCUGGAACGGCUGCGCCAGUCCAUGAGAGUCACCCCAACAACACCCAACCCCCGCGGAUCCCUCAGCACCCCAAGCCACUUUGGGUCCCAGGCUCAAACUCCAAUACAAGGCACGUCAGACCUGAGCCCCUUCUCUGACCCCCGGCAGUUCGAUCGCUCCUUCCCAACGCUGCCGGCUCUCACCGAGACCAGGUUCUCCGACCCGCGGAUGCAUUACCCCGGCGCCAUGUCCGCUGCCUUCCCUUAUACCGCGACACCCUCCGCCACAGGCAUCGGGGGCAUCAGCAUGACCAGCAUGCCCACCACGACGCGCUUCCACCACACUUACCUGCCACCCCCCUACCCCGGCUCCACACAAAACCAAAGUGGACCCUUCCAGGCCAACCCCUCUCCCUACCAUUUGUACUAUGGCACGUCCUCGGGCUCCUACCAGUUCUCCAUGGUGGCGGGCGGCGAGCGCUCCCCCACCCGGAUGCUCUCUUCUUGUACAAGUGCCUCAGCAGGGAACAACUUAAUGAAUCCCAACCUGGGCAAUCAGAACGACGGGGUGGAUGCGGAUGGGAGCCACAGUAACUCGCCGACGACCAUGACAACUACUGGGAGGAUGGAUGAGUCGGUCUGGAGACCCUACUAGGAGGAACUCAACUGGGCACCGGUAUCUUUAACUUAAUCAGCCACCGUUACGCUACUCCUUUUGGUAGUGUAUAAAGCAAAAUGAUGCCUAGGGAAAAGGUAAACCAAAGUCUCCCAAACCAAAAGCAAACCAGGAUCCUCUGCAUGCAAGCACGGGCAAACAUCAAGUGAAGAUGGACGGGGACCUACGUUACAUUUCAAGAUGAACAUCCACGAGGCUUGAAUUUGUCGCUUGAUGUGGUUCCUUUCGUAUCUUUUAAGCAUGUGGAUUGUACAUAGGGAAAAAACCAAAAGGACGUAUGGAAUCAGAAGUUUGUUUCUUGCAGAACACUUCUCAGUCAUCUCACUCGCACCUCUUCCCCACACAAAGCAUUCAGAAGUUACAAAAAGCUCACCCUUCUUCUGCAAAAUGUUCCAGAGAAGAGAAAAGACCAGGGAGUUGUCCAAGCCAUCUCUCUGCCAGUGCAGAAAGACUGAACUGAAAAAA